CGUGACUCGGUUCUGCAAAGGGAAAUUUAAUAACGAUACAAUAAAAUUGUUUUGUAAUUGACCUAAUGCGGAAAAUCAUAAACAUCCUAAACUUUUUCUCCCACUGUUUGUAGCAGCUAUUCGUCCUAAACAGGAAACACCAUACUAAUGAAUAAUUUCCACUACCAAGUCCUUUAUAUAUUCUUUUUAAUAUCGUCACAAACCAUCUAUUGGAAUUCUUUUCUAUUAACUAUACCAGCAGGACCUGAAUUGGGAAGUUGUAUAGUGAGUAAGUGAGGAAUCAUUUACUAAAAGUGUACUAAAAUAACCGACCCGACUUAUAUAGAAUUAGCCGACGGAACUUAACAGCUACAACUACAACCAAAAAGAAAGAAAGAAAGAGAAAGAAAAGUCAUGUCCAGUGUUCGUGCUCAACCCUUGCAGCCUUUAAAUAGUGGCCAACUCAAUACUAGAGCCAAUAACAUAACUCCCAUCAAGUCCACCAGACGGACGAAGGAUGUACAACAACCAGAAAAUGUUGGAGUUGGAAUAGGAGCUGCUGGAGCUGUUGGAGCUACUGGAGCUGGAGCUGGAGCCGGUGCUGAUGCAGUUAAGCCUAAGAAAAAGAAGGAAAAGUUAUCUGCGUUAUGUAAAACUCCUCCUUCUAUAGUUAGAACCAGAACCGGAAGAGAUUAUCGUCGUGGAACUUUCUUAGGAGAAGGAGGAUUUGCUAGAUGUUUCCAAAUGAAAGAUGAUUCCGGUCAAAUCUAUGCUGCUAAGACGGUAGCUAAAGCAUCUAUUAAGAAUGAAAAGACUAAAACCAAAUUAUUAUCAGAAAUUAAGAUUCAUAAAUCACUAAAACAUGCUAAUAUUGUUAAUUUUAUUGAUUGUUUUGAAGAUGAUAUUAAUGUCUAUAUCUUAUUAGAAAUAUGUCCAAAUCAAUCAUUAAUGGAAUUAUUAAAAACAAGAAAGAGAAUAUCUGAACCUGAAGUACGUUAUUUUAUGGUCCAAAUUGUUGGAGCAAUUAAAUAUUUACAUUCAAGAAGAGUUAUUCAUAGAGAUUUAAAAUUAGGUAAUAUCUUUUUCGAUCCAGAAAUGAAUCUUAAAAUUGGAGAUUUUGGUUUAGCAUCAGUAUUACCAUCAACUGAUUCAAGAAAAUAUACAAUUUGUGGUACACCAAAUUAUAUUGCUCCUGAAGUUUUAGGUGGUAAAAAUACUGGUCAUAGUUUUGAAGUUGAUAUUUGGGCUAUUGGAAUUAUGAUGUAUGCUUUAUUAAUUGGUAAACCUCCAUUUCAAGCUAAAGAUGUUCAAGUUAUUUAUGAAAGAAUUAAAAAGACUGAAUAUUAUUUCCCUGAAGAUAAAGUAAUAUCUGAUUCAGCUAAGGAUUUAAUUAAAGAUUUAUUAAGUUUAAAUCCUCUUAAUAGACCAACAAUUGAUGAUAUUUUAAAUUAUGAAUGGUUUAAAGGUCCAUUCCCCGAUAAGACUCAUGAAUUAAGUUUACAUACAACACCAAUUGGACUUCAAAAUAUUCCAAAACAUGAAUCAGCCAUUAAUUUUACUAAUACAAAGGCUAAUGCAGGAAUUUAUACCCCAAGAAAUAAGAAUCCAGUAGAAAUUUUAAGAUCAGAUUUACAAUCAGAACAACCAAAGGCAUUAUUACCUCAAUCAUUAUCACCAAAUGAUACAAGACAAAAAUAUCAAGAAGUUGAUCCAAAUUCUUUAGGUAAACCAAGAAAAUUUAAUUUUAAUAGUCUUUAUUCUACUUCAAUUAAACAUCUUAAUCAAAUUUGUUUUGAAACUUAUCAAAAUAUGAGAAGAUUAGAAUAUUCUGUUCAUGAAUCUAUUGAUACAUUAGAAUUACCUAGAUGUGAAAAUCCUACAUUAAUUAGUAAAUGGGUUGAUUAUUCAAAUAAAUAUGGAUUUUCUUAUCAAUUAAAUAAUGAUGAUAUUGGAGUAUUAUUUAAUGAUGAUAAUACAUUUUUAAAACUUCAUAAUUCUGAUAGAUUUUUAGAAUUAAUUUAUCAUGAAAAUGAAGGUUGGACAUGUAUUGAAAAUUCCAGUAGUCAACCUCCAUCACAAGCUAAAAGACAAUUAGAAAUUGUAGAUUUCUUUGCCAAAUAUAUGAACAGUAAUCUUUCAAAAGUUAGUGAGAAUGAAGAAAGAAAGGAAACUGUAUUUUUAAGAAGGUAUACUCGUACAUCCGAAUAUAUUAUGUUUGAAAUGACUAAUGGAAAUUUCCAAUUUAAUUUUAAAGAUCAUCAUAAGAUAUGUGUAUCUAAAUCAGGUUUAGCAAUUACUCAUAUUUCACCUAAUAGAACUAUUCAAACUCAUCCAUUAAUUUUAAUUUUAAAAGAAGGUAAUUUCCCAUCUAAUGAAGUUCCAGAAUGUUUAGAUAAGAUUUCUGUAAUUAAGGAAGCUAUUAAGAAGAAGGCAUUUAAGGAUGCAUAAACAGAUAAACAAAUAAACAAAUAAAUAAACAAACAAACAAAUAAAGAAAGCAUACAUAAGUUAGACCAUUCGUAUACCGUUAUUUCAUUUCAUAAAAGUUCUCUUAGAAUACUGUACUAUUAGAUAAUUAAUUGUUAUAUACAUUGCAUAAAGAAUGUUAGUUGUAGAAGUAGUAUACUAUGUACUGUAGUAUACUAUG